AGUUCAAGGUGUGUGCAUGAAUCUGUUGUGCGCACACCAGGGAUUUUUCAAACGAAAAAAAAAAAAUCCCUCGUCUUAGGUGAAACAAAGCAUACCAACUCAAGCAAUUUGCCAGUGCACUCUCUGGAAUCCUACUGCUUCACUUCUAAGCUACGAUAAUUUCGACUUCAUCACGAUGGAUGAGUUGGAUGAGACUCAGCUGAAAAAUCAUGUGGACAGUCUGAAGCAACAGCUGCAGUACAACAGAGAGAAAACAUCAGUCUCCAUUCCAGAGUUGAUUAAAUGGAUGGAGGAGAAAAUGACUGAGGAUCCUUUUUUGAACCCUGAAAUGCUGAAGCAGAACCCAUGGGUGGAGUCAAGCAAAUGUGUUGUACUCUAGCACAAAAGCGGUCAAUCAUCACUAUGACAACAGGCAUGGCUCAACCUAUUGUUAUGGUUGCACUGGCAGACUUAGAUGACUAAGAUGAAUAAGGUUGUAAAUGAAUAGAUUGAGUUAAUAAGCUUUGCUGUUUACUUGUAUCAGGCCAUGAUAUUAUCAAAAGAAAGAAAACAACUGCUGUCAAUCAGUGAAAAUGUUUAUUUAUAGAAGUGUAAGACAACUAUACAAGAAUAAAAAAAAAAAAAGAAGAACUGCAGCAUUUCUUGCCCCAGAAAUGUUUUGAGCAUUUUUAUUUCUGGUGUAAUUAUUAAAGUUGUCGUAUAUUGAACAAAA